UUAUUUAAAAACUGGUUUUGAACUAAAUUUUUUCUCUUAGACAUUAUUUCAAUGGAAGAAGAAUUAGCAGUGUUGGUUCCCAACUCUGGCAGUCACAGGUCAAAGUUAAAUUCUCUAUCUGAAAGCAGUGAUUGGAGCAAAAAUGUGACUGAAGUGCACCAUGAUAAGGUCCCUCAUUGUGAAAUUGAGUACAAUUUCUCAGAUUUUAGAGUGGACUCUUUCAAGGGAAUGCUACAGAUGCGUAACCAUAGAAAUCUAACUGAUGUUGUUCUUGAGAUAGGACAAAACCAACUGCAUGUCCACAAGAUUGUUCUCGCUGCAGCAAGUCCAUAUUUCAAGGCAAUGUUUACGAGUGGUAUGCAAGAGAGUGCUACAGGUGUAGUGCCACUGCACGGUGUGUCUUUUGACACAAUGGCGCACCUUGUUCGCUUCAUGUAUAGUGGGCUUGUUAUUGUCAAUGAACAAAUUGUUUGUCAGCUUUUGCCAGCUGCUAGCAUGUUUCAGAUACGUCAAGUUGUUCAAGCAUGUAGCAAGUUUUUGGAAGAGCAAAUGGAAGCCAACAAUGUCAUUGGCAUUUCAAAUUUUGCUGAGCGUAAUGGCUGUUCUGAACUCUACGACAAAACCAUAGCCUUCGUCGAAGAAAAUUUCAGUGAGGUGUCACAAUGUGAAGAAUUUCUUGAGUUGUCAUCUAGUCAGCUGAUUGGUCUCAUCAAAAAAGACACUCUGAAUGUGCCUGAUGAGCAAGCAGUGUACAGUGCUGUGGUACGCUGGGUGGAACAUUCCCCAAAGGUUCGAGCUGAGAAGAUGCAGUAUGUUCUCAAGUUCAUUAGGUGCCACUACCUGCCUCCCCACUUCAUAUCAGAGCAGAUGAGUCAGUGCACUAUUGUGAAGAGUGUACCAGCUUGCCGUGAAUAUCUCGAGAAUGUAUUCAAGGAAUUAAGCAUGCAUAAGCCACCGUCAGAAGAGGCUCGGCGUGCACCCAGCACAGCCUGUCUGGUCCAUCUUGUGGGGGGAUACGACGACCGGCGCAGCCAAGCUUCCCUGCACUGCUACCAUGUCCAGAAGAACACGUGGACGGAAUUGGGGCCUAUGCCUGUAGCGCGGUCUGGUCUGGGUGCCGUGUUCCUCAGAGGUUCAUUGUACGUUGUGGGUGGCAGAACUAUCCACCCCAUGCAUCCUGUGCGUGACUUGAGCUCCCUGUCCCUGUACAAUUAUGCUGACAGAUCGUGGCGCGAGUGUAAGAGCUUACAGCAAAAACGCAACCGAAUGGGCGUGUGUGUGCUGGACACUUUCUUGUACGCCGUCGGCGGGGUGGACGACACCGGCAUGCUAGACUCUGUUGAGCGAUAUCAGCCUGAGGAUGACACCUGGCACAGCGUAUCAUCGAUGAAGGAGGCGCGAGGAGCGCUGUGCUGCGUGUCGCUCAACCGACAUAUGUACGCCAUAGGCGGCUGUGACGGCACCUCUAGGCUGGCGUCUGUCGAACGUUAUGACCCCGACACCAACACCUGGACUUCUGUAGCAUCUCUCUUGCAGGCUCGUAGCGGCGCUGGUGCAGUGGUGGUCAGCAACAAGAUUUACGUCGUGGGUGGCUACGAUGGUUCUCGCCAAAUAAGCUCAGUCGAGUGCUACGACCCAGAGACCGACUCAUGGACCUCCCUCGCCUCCAUGCUCGAGUGCCGCUCAGCGCUCGCCGUCGCCGCGUCCCUCACCACCAUCUAUGCAAUGGGUGGGUUUGACGGUAGUCAAGUUCUGUCGUCAACUGAGGUGUACGACGUCCUGGAAGAUAAAUGGUCCGCAAGUUCGCCGAUGCCUUGGGGCAGAUCAGGGCACGCCCUAGCCGUGCCUUCCUGCCUCGCUGUGUCGCCGAGGUUCAUAAAGAAGACAUUGGUGUGAGGCAGCUUCAAUAUCACAGUUACUCUAUAUAUGCGUUGCUGAUUGGCAAGAAGUUGCUAUGCGAAAAUUGGCAUUAGGCAAGGAUGUGGUAACUUUGGUUGUUAGCUUAUUAGUAUCGCUGAGUUUGACAAUAAACCGUGUCGUAGUUUGACAAUAGAAUGUGUCAAAGUUUGACAAUAGAAUACGUCAAAGUUUGAGAAUAGAAUGCGUCAAAGUUUGAGAGUAGAAUGCCUCGAAGUUUGACUAUAGAAUGCGUCAAAGUUUGACUAUAGAAUGCCUCAAAGUUAUAGUAUAAAGUUACAGUAUAAUGCGUCAAAAAUUGACAAUAGAAUGUGUCACAGAGUUUGACAAUAGAACGUGUUGCAGAGUUUGACAAUAGAACAUGUUGCAGUGUUUGACAAUAGAACGUGUUGCUGAGUUUGACAAUAGAACGUGUCACAGGGUUCGACAAUAGAGCGUGUCACAGAGUUUGACAAUAGAACGUGUCACUGACCUUGACAAUAGAACGUAUCACAGAGUUUGACAAUAGAACGUGUCACGGAGUUUGACAAUAGAACGUGUCACAGAGUUUGACAAUAGAACGUGUCAGAGAGUUUGACAAUAGAACGUGUCACAGAGUUUGACAAUAGAACGUGUCACUGAGUUUGAUGAUAGAACGUGUCACAGAGUUUUACAAUAGAACGUGUCGUGUCCCAGAGUUUGACAAUAGAACGUGUCACAAAGUUAGAUGGCAACCCGUGUCCUGGAGCAUAUUACAAUAGAACGAUCCUGGAAAGAGUUUUUCAUGAAUAUUUAACUUGAUUCAGAGGUUAAAUGUCUGUUUUAAGUGCGAUGUUUUAGAAGCUUCCCUAAGCAAGUGCUGCCAGAACAGCUUGUUAUGCUUUAACAGCUUGUUUUUGUAUGGACCAGCUUGUUAUGCUUUUCGCUAUCCUCGGACUAACAGAAACAUAAGCCCAUUCCACGUCUAGGAAAUUGUUAACGAAUAUAUAAAUAUAUAUUUUGUGAUAGUACUUUCAAUUUUAUAAUGUUACUUAUUUCAUAAUUAUCGUGGGAAAUAUGUAAAUGUGGUUAGGGAGCAUAACUAUUCUAGUCUAUUUUUACAGUACCCGUAUUAUAGAAGUGUCAAGCUAGUCCAAGAUGUAAUGUGAAAAAUCAAGUUCGGAAAUGCUGAAAACACAUUUUUACAAGGUGACAAAUUUUUUCGUAUUGGGUGAAGUCUUUAUUUAUCUCGAUAUUAUGUUGAAAGUUAGACUGCUACUGGCAUUCUCAUUUUUAUUUAUUUCGUGCAAUUACGUCCUGUUUCGGUAUCGAUCCGCAACCCAGAAGUUCGGUUACUUAUUUGUUACUAUUAAUUCAUUUGUAACGGUUUUUUUAACAAUAAAGAAAUUAUAUUUUUU